AUGCGCAGCGCCAAGAAGAAAAAGAAGAUCAUCCACUAUGGCCAUGACCUUGGAGGGUGCAUUUGCCGUGUUGUGGUGCCUUCUGCCUUGGUGGGCACACUCUUCGGGGUGCUGAUCAACCACACCGCAGGGGACAAACCGAUCCUUCUGUUCCUGAUGGGGAUCCUCAGCUUUAUGGCCUACACGUCGGUGAAGACAACUUGGCGACAGGCAGUGGCCGAGUGGGGGAGCGCGACAGCUGCAGCCGCCAAGCAGGCGAGCACUGCCACUUCAGAAGGCAGCCCCUGGCAGAAGCGUGACGUUAUUGGAGGACUGGGCAUGCUCAUGCUGGUCGUUGCUUGUGGUUGGGGAAGCCUUCUUGCCCACCCGGAGCUUUAUAGCGUCAUCCGGAAGCUUUUGAUCCUCACUCCCAUCUGCGCAACACGGCAGCAGAAUCGACUCGGAAAACACAUCGCUGCCUGGAAGAUCUUCAGACCACUGAGGUUUGUGCCGCUGCAACGACGUAUAACAGCUGCCCGGCAGCAUGUGCUUUUGGGCAUUUUAUGGCGCUUCGACUUUUGUCCUGGGUCUCUGGCGAUUCUUUGUGCUGCACAGGUUGUCAAGUAUGCGCUCAUGGCAGCCUUCACUGGUUGCUUCGCUGGGCUGGUGGGCAUCGGAGGUGGUCUCAUCUUCAGCCCUUUCUUCCUCCUGAUGGGUGUAGAUCCGUCUGUCGCAGUCGCCACUUCCUCCACCUGUGUCAUCUUCACCUCCGCGUCCACAACCUUUCAGUACCUACUCACCGGACGGAUCAUCAUGUCGCUGGCUCUCUUCUAUGGAGUCUGCAACCUGGCCGCCUCUUACUGCGGCACCUCGGUUGUCCUCUUCCUGCAGGAGAAGUUUCCCGGCCGACGGUCCAUCGUGUCAGGAAUCGUCACAGUGGCGGUGUUGCUGAGUGCAGGGCUGGUGGCAGCGAAGCUGUUGACGAUGUAG